UAAUCAGUCAGAGUUUUUGUCUUUGUGUAAUAAAUAUCACCUAUUCGCCAUAUCGCGUGUGUACGAGAAAAUAAUUUACAGAAAAAGUAAUUUGUAUGUGUCCAAAUAUUGUAUAAAGAAAUUUUUCGUGGUGACUGUUUAAUGCAGUCAUCAACCGAAAAGAAAGAGCUCAAAUCUGGGUGAAGAAAAAAAUAAAUAAUAAUCGGAAAAAAAGAGUAUUUCUCCCAACUACGAAAUUCUUUCAAUUCCAUUGUCCAAUCGACCUACAGACUAGAUUAGUUUGUGUUCGUUUUUUUUCUUUUUUGAGUUCGACUUUUAAUUGUAUUUCACCAAAUAUUUUGUGAGCACGCGUUUGUGGUGGUGUAAUUUUGCAUUCAGACAACAAAUUAAAUCAAAACCGAUCAGAACAAAGUUAAAAUUUAAGAAUAUCAAAUCAAAACGGAAAUUCUGACAACUGGAAGCAAUACGUUUUAUCUAUAGAAUUUAAAUUGUUUGUGUUUUAUCGUGUAAAGUGCAUUGUAAUACGAUCGUAAAUAUUUUUCAAGCGAAACAUCAAAUACCUAAAAAUAAAUAGACACAUCACAAAGAUUUCACACAAAAUGCAAGCUAACGAAGGCGACGGCGAUGGAUGGGCCGCUAACAUUGAAGAACAGUAUAUCGAAGCAAUUGAACGACAACAGCCCAACUAUGAAGCUCAAUACUUAAGCGAACGCGAUAAUUGCAUCCGAAAUUUAUUUCAUAAUUUUCAAGAAUCAGCCACAUCAAUCGCACAACUCUACAGAGACAGAAUGAAUACGAGUGAAACAGGUGCUCUGUGGAUACCGUUUCAAACAGCAGCUGGAACUGUUACUACUUUAUACAAAGAAUCAUGUGAUGGAAUGCGUCGUACAAAUGACUUGGCAAUGAAUACAGGAUAUCAGCGUCGUACCCGUGAUAUUGCCGAUUGGGCGCGCAGUAAACGUCGACGUUAUAUUCGUCGCGAAGAUUUGCUUGCCUAUUUAGCUGGAAAAUCAUCACCGCCAUCAGGGAUGAUACAUGUUACACGACUGUCUCCACAGCAUUUGUAUACAAAUACACAACAAGCGAAACCAUUGCACGGUCAACAUAUUGUACCGACUUCACCAACAUCAGCACAUCAAAUGCAACCACACAAUGAGCAUCAUCAUCUGCACAACGGUGCCACUUUUGUCUCAUCGGACUCAGACUUGCAUACGUUCAAGGAUGCCUUAGCUCGUCGUUCACGUGCUCCCGAGUUGUAUGCAUUCGUGGCCGGUGAAAUCGCUCGUAAUAGCAAGCGACCAGCUAGUCCAUUAGAUGUAAAUAUGGAUGUUCAAAGUCUUUGCAGUAAAAGACAGCGUUUCAUGUAAAUUUUUGUCAAGAACACUCUCACACACAACCAUCUUCAGAUUAAAAUAAUAAUAACAAUGAAACACAUGCGCCCGAUAUAAACAGCAACUGCACACACACAUCAUUCUCUGGAUAUACGUAUAAAUUAGAAAAUAUCAUCAAAGAAAUUAAAAUAAUACCAGAACAACACCAAUAAUAAAUCUAUGCAUUAUGCUAAUGAGAAGAGAGAGAAAAAAAAUCGAAGCGAGAUUCACAGGCAGAUAAAGAGACAGAGAACUUGGAUCACCAUAUUCUACAUACAAACAAUUUUUUGACAAGAGAAGAACAACAGCGAAUCGGAACAAAUCAUCAGGUUAACAGACAUCAAAGAAACAAAUUACUAAUUGUGGUACCGAAUCGAAGUUAAAAUUACUAAAACACCCAUUAUUCUCACACAAACACACGCAUAGAAGCAACCAUCUCGUUAUCACUUUAAAAUCUUUUUCGUUUUUUAUUCCCUCUUUUGAUAUAAAUUUUAAGACUUUUCAUUAUAAUUACUUUUUUGUAUACAUUCGGAAGCAAUUUACUUACGAAUAAUUAUUGAUGAUAUUUUGGAAAGUAAAAAAAACAUAUUUUGGAAAUUGUUAAAAAAAAUCGUGUUAGAACGGCAAAACCUUAGGAGAUCAAUGAAUUUCUUUUAAUCAUA